UGUGGCAAUAGAACCCGCAUAUACCUUGUGUCAUGUAGCAAGGUGUGGCAUAUAUACAUACCUAAAUAUAUACUGAAAUUUUCGCUCACGGACAACUCCGCCAACAUUAACAGCGACACCACAUUUCCUGCGACGCGGGGCCCUUAACGUUACCACCUUAAAACAGAAAUGAACGUAACAAUAGCGUUGCCGCUCGCUUCACGGUUUUGCUCAGGCGAUGUGAAUCCUCUGCGCCUGGCUGCGUUACGAUAGUAAGCUUAUUUUUCAACUCAUAAGUUUUGUCGCAAAUAUAUCACCGUAGAGAAUAGAGGCAACGACAGGUGCUGGGGCCAAUAUAUCACCAAAACUGGAAGGUCUUCAUCGAGGACGACGCCAGCUGCCCCAACUGUAAGACCCUGGCACGAGACAUCGAAGUCUACCACCUGUUGUGGACUUGCCCAAGCACGCGGCACAUCCGAGAGCCCUUGCUUAGGGAGUCUGGCCUGCGCGCUGUUCGGCAUGUUGACUUCAGCAAAUGGAGUCAAGCCCUGCUUGAAAAAGAAGAAAGCGUUUAUCCGUCCACUGAAGGUCUACCAGCUGGGCACGCGAUCGCACGUGAUCUCGUGCGGCAAAGAAGAAGUGACAACCGGCUGGCCGGUGCGUAGCGUUACGAGCAGCGCAGCCAACGAACAAGAAUUUAAGAAGGAUGUUGCACGCGGUGGCCGAGGAAGAAGCAGCGCUUUGCCCGGCGCCAGCUGGGGAGCCGCGAAGCAAGCCGUCUACCUUCUCAGAACACGUGUCAGCCGCCAUCGGCUCCCGCUCGUACAUCUGGACUUUUACAGCCAUCGCCGGCAUCCUCGUCGUCUCUUCCAUGAUGGCGACGUCGGCGAGGCGCGACGACGUCGCUGGCGCCGCCUCGCACUUAGCGGCGCACAGGCAGCGGGCAUCGGCGGGCGACGCCGACGCCCGCCUCGCGGCGCCACCUUCGCCCAGCAGUGGGCUCCAGAGCGAUGGCGGGGGGCAGCGGACCAACUCCAGACACUCCGGGUCGCUCGUGCGUUCCGGCGGUGAACGCGUUCGAAAGGGCGCCGCGCGGCGAUCGGCUGCGUCAGCCGAGGACCGCCAGCUGAACGCUGCGGGCGCGGAGACGGGCGAGCCCGAGUACAUCCGCCAGGUGGAUGGCUGCCGCUCGACCGUGUGCCGCUGGCAGGGAGAGUACUUGGGGGGCAAGCUGGACGAGACGGUCGACCCGUGCAUGGACUUCUACAGCUACGCGUGUCCCAGCCGCUGGUUCCACCAGGACACCCUCGCGGCCAUGCCCUACAGAUUCUACGCGGCGGGACAGCUCAUGUACCGCUUGGAGAACAUGUUCCACGAGUUCCACCAAGCCGAUGCGAGCGUGGAUGCGAGCAGCCGCAACGCCAGCUUCAUUUCGCGCGCCUCGGACUUCUUCCUGCGCUGCGUCUCGAAGGAGAGGAGCCGAGGACCAUGGCCGGACCUCGAGGACCUCUUCCGUCACUAUGGUCUCGAGCGCUAUCCGUACGAAGCAUCGCCGGAGGACACGUCGUCGUCGCUCACUCUGCCCAACCUGACCCGCGUUGCGGGGCUGCUGGACCGUGAGCUCGGCUUGGCGGCCAUCUUCCGGCCAUCGCUGACCGCUGCGCGUCGCCGCAGACAAGCCCAGAGCGUGGUCCUCUUCCUAGACCCGCCCGAGUCCACGCCCUCCCUUCGCCUGCGAGGCGUCCUGGGCAAGCCCGACAAGGACGCGCUGCUGAACAAGAUCCUCGCCGGCUUCGCUCUCAUCAAGGCGCCGUCUCGAAGGCUCGAGGAGGAAGCCGCGCAGGUGCUUGAGGUCGACCAGGAGCUGUCCGCCAUCAUUCGAGUGGGCCGCGUCGCGUCUUCUUCUGGACACUCGACUUCGGCAACUUCCGGCGCUGAGCCCGUUCCCCAUGUCGCUCUUACCAACGUUAGCACACUGGCCAGGGAGUACGGCCACAACAAGGCAUGGUCGUGGGAGGAGUACGCACGCAUUCUGCUGGGCGACGUGGUCCUCGGCAAAAAUGCCUCGAAAGAACCGCGCGUUCUUGUUCAGGUCGACAGUCCCGAACAACUGGCGCAACUGUCGGCGCUGCUCGGCAGACACGAGGCGACCGCGCUGCUCAACUACGUGGCCUUCUCGCUUGCUGUCUUUCUGUCCCCUGCUUUGCCCCACGGUGGAACGGCGCAGGAGCUGCUCCCUCUGAGCCACGGAGAGCACGUGCCUCAGGUGCCCGAAGAGCUGCAGGCGUGCGUUCACCUGCUGGCGAGAACCUACCGCUUCGGCGCCCUCUCCCUCGCCCGCCAGGCGGUCAGCCGGGACACCAGCGACGGGAACAGCUACAAGUACGAGGGCGACGUGCGCGCCCUGGUGGACGGAGCGCGGGAGCAAGUGUCCGCCCUGCUGCGCAACCGCACCGCGUGGAUGACGGCCACCGAGCUGUGGACGGCGCUGCAGAGGCUCGACGCGCUGCGGGUGGUCUUCCUCGGGGAGCCCGAUGACAGCGCGGAGCACCUGUCGCGGUACUACGCAGCUGCGCUGUCCGGCAUCGACACGGGACACUCGUUGGCCCGGGCACGCGGUUCGGCGAUGGCAAGGGCACUUCUGCACACGCUUCACUUAACCACUAAGGCAACGGCAGCAGCAGCCUGGCGCCGUGAAUAUUUAACAAAGGCCGCCAGUUUAGAUACACAAAAAAAUGUCCACGCGGCGGCAUCAGCAUGAGGAUAUUGAGGGAGUCUUAAGCUUUACUCAGCUAUCACCAGAAUUCGAAAGUCGGACAAGCGUCACUUACGCGGUGGAAGCC